AUGGAAAAGAUAAAAAUCCCGACAGGAAGAUACGAUGGGACAACGGAUCCGGAGGAUCACUGCACCACAUUCGAACAACACAUGAUGCUGUACACAGAUUCUGACGCCAUGUGGUGCAAGGUGUUCCCAUCCACACUCUUAGGAGUUGCAGCAAGCUGGUAUAAGGGCAUAGAGGCUCAUUCCAUUUACAGUUUUCGACAGCUACAGGCGGCGUUUUUGUCACGAUUUGUGAGCAAACAGAAGAGAAAGAAAUCGUCGGGAGAGUUAAUGUCGUUCGCUCAAAGAGAUAGAGAGCCGUUAAGAGAUUACCUCACCCGCUUUAACAACGAAUCAAUCACCAUUCCCAACCUACAGCAGGAGGUUGCGGUUCUGGCUCUGAUGAGGGGAAUGCAAGAGUGCGAAUUCAAGAAGUACCUCAGCCGGAAAUCAUACACUAAUCUGGGCGACGUCCUACACAAGGCAAAUGAGUACAUCAGGGGGGAUGAAAUGAUGAAGAUCUCCAAUGUGGUAGUGGAAACCGGCGGAAAUGCCGGAUAA